AUCCAGGGCAUGAAAUCAGGCCGUGGUGCCUCGUAAAUAAUCUCUGCCGCUGCAAGCGGAAAGGGAUCUACUACUACCCCCUCGGGAGUACUGAAAGCCUGUCAACCCGAGGCCCCGAUGCUGUACACUGCGCACCUCUCGGGUAGGGCGGACGGUUGGCAUCAUUGUAAUGGACACGCGUGGAAAGCGUAUCCGGACGGCAGGGCAUGAAGGCGUGACCGACAUAACUUUCCGCCUGACCUGCGGGUCGCUUCACACUUCUUUCGGUUGCAAGCCAUGUGGUAGAGGCCCAUCCAAACACGGAGGAGCUCGACGAGAUUGGUAGGUUGCUGUGCUCCUGUAUGUCACAGUGCGCGAAGUUAGGCGCGAAGUCAGGAAUGCGGCUACCUCGGCUUUGUCGUCUUCUCACUCAUGUGCAAUUCGGCAUUCCUUCUGCCAAGGAGGCCCUGUGAUCCGACCCUGCCGACGGGUGUGGCAGGAUUGUGGAUCGACCCUCACCAUGAUCUGUGUCUCUGAGAUCUCAAGAGCGGAAUCGAUUGAGGAGCACAGUAGAGAAGAGUGGCUACUGAUACACAUAAUUUACUACGAGCAAUGGCUCACAUAUGAGAAGACGGCACCAAAUUGUUGGUCGUCGAUAUGGCCGCACAGUGGAUCGGUCCUCGUCAUGAUCCUUGGUCGUCGGCUCUCGUCAUGAUCCUUUGUAAGGGUAGGGGCG